UACUUUGGUUUUACCUUGACGAUAUAUUGUAUUUGAAGGAAAAAUAUUCCGAGAUCCAAAACUUAGUUGCUGGAUCUAACUUACCAGCCCUGAGUGGAAGUUUACCAUCUAAGUUAUCGGACGCCAUACAUUUGUUGUCACUUGAUGAAAUUUCAUCCAUACCACCUUCGGUAUUGGUGGCAUCUGUUGAUACCAUCGCAAACAAUCACAAGUUAAACAAACUCCAGAGAGGAGUAAUCCUGGAACAAAUUAUAGCAGGAGGAUACCAGUUAAACAACAUUGACCAAGUUACAAGUCUUGGUGAACUUGUUUCUGAGUUAGACACCACUGUAGUUGAUUAUACGAUGUUACAUUCACUUCUUAACACAAGACCUGACCUGAUUCAAAAAAUGUCAAAACACGUGAAAGCUGAUGUUAUGGAUAAGAUAUUAACUAACCAUGGGGUAGAGUGGGCAGUCAACGCGGAAACAAAAUUCUCUUCACUGAUCCCCGCAUCAUUUAUCCGCUCGAUGGACAACAUCAACUUUACGGCUGCUUCCAAUAUGAAAUGGAAACGAAGCCAGGCAUUAUACAUUGUAAAGAAAUAUCAAAACAAUGUAAAUCGGAAGCUUACGCUGAGUGAUAUAAG